AUGGCUUAUAUUAAAGAAGCAGAUACAUUCUACUUAAAAACAAUAGAACAAACUAAUACAUGGCGUAUUAUAAAUUUGCUGUCGAAAGCAGAUGCAAUUAAUUUACCAAUUCCAAAACCAACACCAGCUCCUGCAUUUGAACCACAAUAUUAUCCAGUUCAUAAAGGGAAAAAGCUUUAUUUAAUUGCACAAAAUAAACCAUUACGUGGUGAUUUGAAAUACAAUGAUCGAAUAACUGGUGCACAUGCUGGUUCAAUUUUUGCAUGUCAACGUGCAGCAAAUCUUAAAGGUCUCGGAAGAGCAUUCUAUCCACUACUCAGUACAGAUAUGUUCAAUAUGGAUUAUGUUGUACCGCCAACAUAUAGAUAUGGUGUUCCUUUGGUUAAUUUAUAUGGUGAAAUUCUCUUUGAUGAUUUUAUGAGUCUUGUUGAAGGACGUUCAAAGCCACAAGCGAAAUUAUUGGAUUUUGAUGGUGUUGAUAUAACAGAUGAUAUUGUUGCACCAUGUUUAUGGAUUGGUCAAAAACCAAUUUAUUUAAAUGGUGAUUAUGAAUAUGCAGCUCAGUCAAAAUGUCGUAAUUGGCAGUCAACUUAUCCAGGUGAAAAUGGUUUAGCUGUGUCUUUACCAAUUGUUGACAAUGCACCAGGUUUAUUUUCUAAACAAAAUUUUAAAUUAAUAUCAUGUUCGAAAUUUUGUCGAAUGUUAUGCAUACAAAUCACACCAUCCAAUACGUAAUCAAUUAUAAUUAUUAUGAUAAUCAAUAUUCGAUUUAUGUAUCCGUAUACACUUAUUCCUGUUCUACAUCCAGAGACUUUUUAUCGAAUAAUAUACAUAUAUAUUGCUACUAAGUGAAUUAAACGUUUGUCAAUUUAAUGAGAUUUUUCAAAAUAUUCAACAGCUUAAAACAAGUACAUAGUUUGUUAUUCUCCUGAAUUUGUUCACUAUUCAAUAAGAAACGAUACUACUCUUUUUUCAGUACAUACUAAUAUAACUUACUGAUUCCUUCAUCGUAAUUGAACAUUUUCCAGUUUGUCGAUUUUAAUUUCAAUGUUGAAAUUCAACAGUCAAGCAUUUAUAUCCUCUCAUUUAUUGAAGAAAAAAAAGAAAGAAUAAGAAACCGAUUGUUUUUUGUCAACAUUUAUUUGUCUAUCUAUUUAUCUAUCGUUUUUGACACUUAAAUCCAACGUUAAAAUAUACCUACGACAAAAAAGAACAGUUUUGAGUUUCAUUUGAGUUUUUCACCGACGCACCAAUACAUACACACAGAUACACAUGAAG